GCUGCUCACAGAUGUUCAGGAGAGUCAGAGACUAAGCAAGAACUGAUGGAGGCCUGGGUGAAACCAGGAGAGAAAUGUUCUCGAAGCAGCUCUUGGCGGGACUGGGAGAAAGCAUGAAGAAGAUGCGGGAAGCCGAAGAAGCCGAUGCGGCCCAUACUGCUACGCCAUCCACAGCAGAAAGCUUUCACGGCCACCUGACAGAAGAAUUGGGACUGCAGUCCAGGCACCUGUUUCCAAAGCCUGCAGGCUAUGCUGUGGCACACGGUGUCGCCUCAGCUGCCUCUGACCAUCAGAGGACAUCAUCCGUCCACACGCUCAGUCCUGGAUCAGGCUUUGAGGGCAGCUGUGUCUAUGUGUGACCGUGCAUUUGGCAGUGGCAAGGCAAAGGAGCUAAGCAUGAGGGGCAGGUGUCGUGGGUCCUGGUACGAGCGGUUCCUGCAGCCCUGUCUGGCGGAACUGCUGGGCUCUGCCCUCUUCAUCUUCAUCGGCUGCCUGUCGGUCAUCGAGAACGGGACAGACACAGGGCUGCUGCAGCCGGCCCUGGCGCACGGGCUGGCCCUGGGCCUCCUCAUCGCCACCCUGGGGAAUAUCAGUGGUGGACACUUCAAUCCUGCGGUGUCCCUGGCAGCCACGCUGAUCGGAGGCCUCAACCUGGUGAUGCUCCUUCCCUACUGGAUCUCCCAACUAUGUGGGGGCCUGAUUGGGGCCGCCUUGGCCAAGGCCGUGAGUCCUGAAGAGAGGUUCUGGAACGCAUCUGGGGCAGCCUUUGUAACAGUCCAGGAGUCGGGGCAGGUGGUGGGGGCAGUGGUGGCGGAGUUCAUCCUGACGACACUGCUGGCCCUGGCCGUAUGCAUGGGUGCCAUCAACGAGAAGACGCAGGGCCCUCUGGCUCCGUUCUCCAUCGGCUUUGCCGUCACUGUGGACAUCCUGGCAGGGGGGGCCGUGUCUGGAGCCUGCAUGAAUCCUGCUCGUGCCUUUGGACCUGCCGUGGUGGCCAAUCACUGGGACUUCCACUGGAUCUACUGGCUGGGCCCGCUCCUGGCCAGUCUGCUCGUAGGAAUGCUCAUCAGGCUCUUCAUUGGAGAUGGGAAGACCCGCCUAAUACUAAAGGGACGGUGACUCCAAGCUGGUGAUGUUCCUGCGGCCCAGGUGGCCUCCGGGUUACAGACGGGCUACCUCCUGCAUUUCCUGCUGGGACAGAAGCCCAGAGGAGCUGCCCAUCUCCUUCCCCCUACGUGUGCCUGGCCUCCCAGAUGACGCACUGCUGCCAAGUUCUGAGGAUGCUCUAGGUUCUCUGAAUACAUUUGUGCUCAUCAGAGACCCCAGCCCGGGGAGCGCAUUGCCAGCCCUGCCCAGCACCGCAAAUCAGAGGGGUUUAAGGGGUUUUUCUUGAUCGGGAAGCUCCCAGGAGCAGAAGAGCAGUUGGAAGACACGGCUGUUUACGUAUGAGUUCCUUUCUCCUUCCCCCUUUCUUCCUCCUUCUACCUGUUACAGAAGGGCCUGCUGUGCACUGUUUCCUUGCUCCCUGAGCUGCCAGUCUAGCUUUGCAAUAAAUAGUCCAGUAUUUC